AUGGCCGACGACGAUUUCGAGACUGGGGACCUCUUCCAGGACCCAGAAGGAUUCUAUGAAAAGGAUCCUGAGCCUACAUUUGCCGAGUAUGAGAUGCUCUCUGGGCAAACAGUGCGCGUGCGUCUCGUGGGCAGCCACCCACUCUACGGAAAUCUACUCUGGAAUGCUGGUCGCAUAAGUUCCACCCACAUCGAAGAACGAGCUGAUGAGCUGGUCCGCGACAAAGAUGUCCUCGAGAUCGGCGCUGCAGCGGGCGUACCUAGCAUUGUCAGCGCGAUCAUGGGAGCGAGGAAAGUCGUCAUGACCGACUACCAUGACCCAGACCUCGUUUCAAAUAUGCAGUAUAAUGCCGACUUGGCAGCUGACCAGAUUCCCAAAAGUGACACAUCUCGAACCACUGCUGGCGCACAUCUCCCCGAGUCUCGCCAAAAGGCUGAUGGCUUCGAUCUAUUGAUCAUGGCGGACGUGGUCUAUAGCUGGCGUGAGCAUGGAAAUCUUGUGAAAACCAUGCAGGAGACACUGAAGAAGGACCCCAGUGCCGUUGCGUUGGUUAUCUUCACGCCAUACGAGCCAUGGCUGUUGCCGCAGACAGAACGCUUCUUCCCGCUGGCGGAGCACGGAGGAUUCACCGUGACGAAGAUCUUCGAGCAGCUGGUAGGCAAGGUGUUAUUCGAGGACGAUCCCGGAGAUGAGAAACUGCGUCGGACUGUCUUUGGAUAUGAGCUUCGAUGGUCACCAGAGCAGCUGAGUGGACAAACUUAG